AUGGAUGGCGAUGAAUUAUUCGUUUUAACACCCAGUGACGAUGGGGACUUAAGCCAAGCAGGAGACGAAGGGAAGGGUGGCCCCGAAGGCAAUGAAAACAGAGAGGGCUCAUCAACGGCAGCAUCCGCUUCCAUCACCGAAUUGGAGUUUCUGUUUUUACGUAAACCUUUAAAUGCUCCGCUGGUCAAAGGGUCUAUAACCUACGGUAAAUUAAACGAAGGUAACGCGCAGAACCAACAAAGUCCACAAGUUCAGGUUGAUGUGAAGAAGGAGGAAUCAUCGUCGUCAAACGGUGGCGUUUCACUAGGUGUGGGUAGCGAUGUACAACGCGUAACAAUUGAGAGUAAAACAGCAAGUACCCUUUUGUCCACGAAUGUACAGGCAGAGGCGGCAGUUAAUAUCAGAAUGCUACGUGCGAUGACGUCUGCUGAUGUACGUAGCGUUCUGAAACCCUUUUUCCACAAAAACCAAACCUCGAUGGAAUAUUUCGAGAAAGUAACCACUCAGUUGAAGGAAAAAGUGAUUGCUGGUAAGAUUUUAGACGAAAAGGAAAAGGACAUGUUAGAACGUUGGCGACUGUUGGUGAAUAUAUCAAACUGGGGUGACGGAAGUCGGAAAGCAGAUGAUGUCCUCUUUCCACCCGAACUUGUUCAACCAGCUGAAGCACUUUUGGAACCGGGGUGGAGUAGUAAUAAAACGGCAGCAGACGAAACAACAGCUUGUCCACCGCCAACAAACGGUUGCAAGAUAUAUUUGCGCGCCCAUCAACUGAAGGGAAUUCGUUUCAUGUGGAGUAUUCUGGCGGAGGGACCCGUUGGUCAGGUUCCUGCUGUUGGUUGCAUUCUUGCACACACAAUGGGACUUGGGAAGACUUGUCAGGUAAUCAUUUUCCUUCACCUUUUCCUGGAUAUGUUGCGGAAAAUGGGUGGAAGUUGGUACAAAUCAAAAAAAAAGCAGAGGAGGAUAUUAAUCGUUGUACCAAAGUCGACACGGGCCGUGUGGAUUGAAGAGUUUAACAUGUGGUCAAAAUUCUUUCCUCGCGAUAAACGUAUUGUUCCGUUGUCAGUGGAAGACUGCACAAGAGUAGGACAACGUGUGAGGGCGUUUAAUGAAUGGAAGACGAAUGGUGGUGUUUUACUGGCGGGAUAUGAAAUGCUGCUAAAUGUCGCCAAGUGCAUUGGAACCACUAGUCAGGAGGUAUGGAACCCUUCAAGCUAUGUUGAUCUUCUUGUAUGUGACGAAGCUCAUCGUCUCAAAUCUGAAAAUUUACAAAUUGCCAACGUGUUACGAAGCUUCAAUCCACUUCGCCGGCUCCUGAUCACAGGAACACCGCUGCAGAAUCACCUAAAGGAGUACUGGGCUAUGGUGGACAUGGCCGUUUGGAAAUACUUUAACAAGCAGCGCUUCUCACAGUUCUUUGUCAGUCCAAUAGAAGCCGCUGCAGACCAAAAGGCGAGCUUGGAUGAGGUGACAGUUGCACGAAUGAAGACUUUUGCACUUUCACGAGAGCUAAGGAAUUUUGUUCAAUGCGCUGAUGGAACAGCACUGAGGAAGGAACUGCCACCUUUGCACGAGUAUGUUGUCGUUCUUCCGCUUUCUCAGAGUCAAGCAAAACUGUACAACGAAUUUCUGCAGUUAGCAAGGCAUAGUGGUGCAAGACAUCGUGCCUUCCUGGAGAUAGCAAUAGCUAUUAAUAAAAUUUGCGCGCAUCCACAACUUCUCUAUGCAACCGGAUUUGCCACAGGCGAAGAAGGACAAAGCGAAGCCUUGGGGCUACUGUCGGAUGGUGAAGGGGAUGAUAAUUUUAUGACUGAAUGCCCCGAGGCUGGGCAGGAAAAUGUGGCCCUUCGAAGCAAACGGCGGGGGUUGUGCCAACCCCCUCCAGGGUAUGUUCCCAUGCCUGAAGAGGGAACCAAACUGUACGUUUCUAUUUUAAUAAUUAAAGCGGCCGUGUUGCGGGGUGAGCGGUGCCUGUUUUUUAGUAUGUCUACUAAAUUGUUAGAUAUCUUUGAGGGCAUUAUAGCCGAGAUGAACGAUCGGUGGUUGAAGGAUGGCUCUCUCAGCCGCCCCAUUGUUUUCUGCAGAUUGGAUGGCCGUAAGACAGAGUGGGAACGGUCUGAGGCGCUACGGUCCUUUGCCUCGUCUACUGGUGCUGACCUUUUCCUUUUGAGUACUAAAGCGGGUGGUAUCGGGUUGACCAUUACAUCCGCAACCCGUGUCAUAAUAGCGGAUGGUAGUUUUAACCCUGCUGACGACACACAAGCUAUUGGACGUGCGUAUCGAUAUGGGCAGACUCAACCGGUUUACGCAUACCGCCUUGUUUGCUAUCAAACCUUUGAACACCGUAUGUUUCAGCAGAAGUUGGCAAAGGAGUGGCUCUUCCGCACGGUUGUGGAAGAAGCCUCGUUGAAACGUGAUUCGUUGUCAGGGCUCCGAAUACAACCCAUUUAUGAACUUCUAAACAGCAAACAAAAUGUGAGAAGUGGGCCCCAACAAUUGACCGACGAGCAGCGCCAAUCAACAACCUCCAUCACCUCUGAGGAUGCCGUACUCGCCGAUGUGUCGAAACACAUUCUGUACGCUGAGCGACAUUCCAUGUUUCUACAACGGGAUGAAACUACCAACCUCACUGCUGAAGAGCGAUUUUUCCGGGAGGAGUAUGAAAAGAACCGCCUGUUUGACACGGAUAACAUGCCGGAUCCGGUGGAGGGAGCUCAAUUGCGGGAGGUGUGGAAACAAAACUUUCAUAAAAGUCAGUUGGAGCCCCAGGCCAAAACGCUGGGUGCUUUGCUAGAUAACAUAAUUAAGUCACGUGCCGAAGCAGACCCACAACUGGCUGACCUCCUGAGUAAGAUGGGCAUUGUAAGGAAAGGAAUUGAUAAUCUUGUGGUUGAUGCAAGUGAUGAACCAAACAAUUCAGAAGUUACGGAGCGGCCGCAAGCAAACCAAAGGAAUAGUCGCCGCGACGAUGAAAAUGAGUCGAAGGGUUACUUGCCUGAACCCAAAGCCCCACGCCUGGAGUCGGUUCCCCGCGUCCGGCGAGGUUUGGGGGGAAACACUUCCGCACAAAGUGUGCUUUCCCAUUCUAAUGCUGAUAGCAGUUGUGUUGGCCCCUUCGAACCGCUUGUCGAUCCAAAAUUUUACGGAGAACUGCGACAUGGGGGGAGCCCCUAUCGACCCAUAUACGUUGAUGACGAUACUGUCUAG